GACUAAGCAGAAGUCACCUUUAGCCAGACCCAAGCCAUCUGGUCUUGACUCUAAUCAUGGCCAAACCUUAUGAAUUUAAUUGGCAGAAGGAAGUUCCUUCCUUUUUGCAAGAAGGAGCAGUUUUUGACAGAUAUGAAGAGGAAUCCUUUGUGUUUGAACCCAACUGCCUCUUCAAAGUAGAUGAAUUUGGCUUCUUUCUGACCUGGAGAAGUGAAGGCAAGGAAGGCCAGGUGCUAGAAUGUUCCCUCAUCAACAGUGUUCGGCUGGGAGCCACACCAAAGGAUCCCAAAAUUUUGGCUGCUCUUGAAGCUCUUGGCAAAUCAGAAAAUGAUCUGGAAGGGCGGAUAGUUUGUGUCUGCAGUGGUGCAGAUCUGGUGAACAUCAGUUUCACGUACAUGGUGGCUGAAAAUCCAGAAAUAACUAAGCAAUGGGUCGAAGGCCUGAGAUCCAUCAUUCACAACUUCAGGGCCAACAACGUCAGCCCGAUGACAUGCCUCAAGAAGCACUGGAUGAAAUUGGCAUUUAUGACCAACACAAAUGGGAAAAUUCCAGUUAGGAGUAUUACUAGAACCUUUGCAUCGGGGAAAACAGAAAAGGUGAUCUUUCAAGCACUCAAGGAGCUAGGUCUUCCCAGUGGAAAGAAUGAUGAAAUUGAGCCUGCCGCAUUUACUUACGAAAAGUUCUAUGAACUGACACAAAAGAUUUGUCCUCGAACAGAUAUAGAGGAUCUUUUCAAAAAAAUCAAUGGAGACAAAACUGAUUAUUUAACGGUAGACCAAUUAGUGAGCUUUCUAAAUGAACAUCAACGAGAUCCUCGACUGAAUGAAAUUUUAUUCCCAUUUUAUGAUGCUAAAAGGGCAAUGCAGAUCAUUGAGAUGUACGAGCCUGAUGAAGAUUUGAAGAAACAAGGCCUCAUAUCAAGUGAUGGGUUUUGCAGAUACCUGAUGUCAGAUGAAAAUGCCCCCGUCUUCCUAGAUCGUCUAGAGCUGUACCAAGAAAUGGACCACCCUCUGGCUCACUACUUCAUCAGCUCUUCCCACAACACCUAUCUCACUGGCAGACAGUUUGGCGGGAAAUCUUCAGUAGAAAUGUACAGACAGGUCCUCCUGGCUGGUUGCAGAUGUGUUGAACUUGACUGUUGGGAUGGAAAAGGUGAGGACCAAGAACCGAUAAUAACUCAUGGAAAAGCGAUGUGCACAGAUAUCCUUUUCAAGGAUGUUAUUCAAGCCAUCAAGGAAACUGCCUUUGUCACAUCGGAAUACCCUGUGAUUCUCUCCUUUGAAAACCACUGCAGCAAAUAUCAACAGUACAAGAUGUCCAAAUAUUGUGAAGAUCUAUUUGGAGAUCUCCUGUUGAAACAAGCACUUGAAUCACAUCCACUGGAACCAGGCAGACCCUUGCCAUCCCCGAAUGACCUCAAAAGAAAAAUACUCAUCAAAAACAAACGACUGAAACCUGAGGUUGAAAAAAAACAGCUUGAAGCUUUGAAAAGCGUGAUGGAAGCAGGAGAAUCCGCUGCCCCAGUGAACAUCCUAGAGGAUGACAAUGAAGAGGAAAUAGAAAGUGCUGAGCAAGAGGAGGAAGCUCACCCUGAAUACAAAUAUGGAAAUGAACUUUCUGCAGAUGACUUGGGUCACAAGGAAGCUAUUGCCAAUAGUGUCAAGAAGGCUUCAGAUGACCUUGAACAUGAAAACAGCAAAAAGGGCCUGGUUACCGUAGAAGAUGAGCAGGCGUGGAUGGCGUCUUAUAAAUAUGUGGGUGCUACCACUAAUAUCCAUCCGUAUUUGUCCACAAUGAUCAACUACGCACAGCCUGUAAAGUUUCAAGGUUUCCAUGUGGCUGAAGAACGCAAUAUUCAUUAUAACAUGUCUUCUUUUAAUGAGUCAGUCGGUCUAGGCUACUUGAAGACACACGCCAUAGAAUUUGUGAAUUAUAACAAACGGCAAAUGAGUCGCAUUUACCCCAAGGGAGGCCGAGUGGACUCCAGUAAUUACAUGCCUCAGAUUUUCUGGAACGCUGGCUGCCAGAUGGUUUCGCUGAACUACCAAACCCCAGAUUUAGCGAUGCAGUUGAAUCAGGGGAAAUUUGAGUAUAAUGGAUCCUGCGGGUACCUUCUCAAGCCAGAUUUCAUGAGACGGCCCGAUCGAACAUUCGACCCUUUCUCUGAAACGCCUGUUGACGGGGUUAUUGCAGCCACUUGCUCCGUGCAGGUCAUAUCAGGUCAGUUCUUAUCAGAUAAGAAAAUUGGCACAUACGUAGAAGUGGACAUGUAUGGGCUGCCCACGGACACUAUCCGAAAGGAGUUCCGCACUCGCAUGGUGAUGAACAACGGUCUCAAUCCCGUUUACAAUGAAGAGUCAUUUGUGUUUCGGAAGGUGAUCCUCCCUGACCUGGCUGUCUUGAGGAUUGCCGUGUAUGACGACAACAACAAGCUGAUCGGCCAGAGGAUUCUGCCCCUGGAUGGCCUCCAAGCAGGCUAUCGACACAUAUCCCUCCGGAAUGAGGGAAAUAAACCAUUAUCGCUGCCAACCAUUUUCUGCAACAUUGUCCUAAAAACAUAUGUGCCUGAUGGAUUUGGAGAUAUUGUGGAUGCUUUAUCAGAUCCGAAGAAAUUUCUUUCCAUUACGGAAAAGAGAGCGGAUCAAAUGAGAGCUAUGGGCAUUGAAACUAGUGACAUCGCCGAUGUGCCCAGUGACACUUCAAAGAACGACAAGAAAGGGAAAGCCAACACAGCCAAAGCGAAUGUGACCCCUCAGAGCAGCUCGGAGCUCAGGCCAACCACCACAGCUGCCCUGGGGGCUGGCCUGGAGGCCAAGAAAGGUAUUGAACUGAUCCCUCAAGUGAGGAUAGAAGAUUUAAAGCAGAUGAAGGCUUACUUGAAGCAUUUAAAGAAACAACAGAAAGAGCUCAAUUCUUUAAAGAAGAAACAUGCAAAGGAACACAGUACCAUGCAGAAACUACAUUGCACGCAAGUUGACAAGAUUGUGGCACAGUACGACAAGGAGAAAUUGACUCAUGAGAAAAUCCUCGAGAAGGCAAUGAAGAAGAAAGGGGGAAGUAAUUGUCUUGAAAUGAAGAAAGAAACAGAAAUUAAAAUUCAGACGCUGACAUCAGAUCACAAAUCUAAGGUCAAGGAGAUUGUGGCACAGCACACAAAGGAGUGGUCAGACAUGAUCAACACCCACAGUGCGGAGGAGCAGGAGGUCCGGGACCUGCACCUCAGCCAGCAGUGCGAACUGCUCAGAAAGCUGCUGAUCAGCGCCCACGAGCAGCAGACCCAGCAGCUGAAACUGUCCCAUGACAGGGAAAGCAAAGAGAUGCGAGCCCACCAAGCUAAGAUUUCUAUGGAAAAUAGCAAAGCCAUCAGCCAAGAUAAAUCCAUCAAAAAUAAAGCAGAACGGGAAAGGAGAGUCAGGGAGUUAAAUAGCAGCAACACUAAAAAGUUUCUGGAAGAAAGAAAGAGACUCGCCAUGAAGCAGUCCAAAGAAAUGGAUCAGUUGAAAAAAGUCCAGCUGGAGCACCUCGAAUUCCUAGAGAAACAGAAUGAGCAGCUUUUGAAAUCCUGUCAUGCAGUGUCCCAAACUCAAGGCGAAGGAGAUGCAGCAGAUGGUGAAAUUGGAAGCCGAGAUGGACCGCAGACCAGCAACAGUUGUGUGAAACUCCAGGACACAAACUGAACCCACAGAACCACCACAUCAAAGAGCAGUCCCCAGCUUCUGAACACAGAUUCCAUGGAGGAAAGCUGAUGUCUUCUGCGUUUCCUUUCCAUGUAGACAAAAUGUCACCUGAAACCACAGAGACUUACUUCUCUUAAACAUUCUGAAUACUAAAUUUCCUUGCUCAACCAAAAGUAGUUACAAAUCCCCCCAAA